CACAGGGGGUGGUGGACCGUAUGCCUUUUGAGCAGAGCGCAUGGCGUUUAUGGCGUUUCUUUGCUGCCAUGAAACUUGAGGUCUCGGCAACCCGCAAACGCGCGAUAAAGAAGAGGUCCUUCGCAGCCUUUGCGCCCCCCUUGCCGCGUGAAUGAUGCGGCGCUGGUGCCUGCCAGUGCUGGCGGCCUUGGUGCUUGGCACACAGCUGGACUUCUUACUGCUGGAGCCGGAGGAGCUCGAAGGGCGGAGGCGCGCCGUGUUGCCUUUCACGGAUCCCCGGGUGAAGGCCAUCCAGCCGCUCCUUUGGGCGAACGACCCGUGUCAUCUCCAAUGUGGCAUCGUGGGUGAAGGCAUUGGCGACGCCGAGGUGGCGGUCCUCCAGUGGAAGGGGCUGAGCUUUCCACCUGGACGUCGUGGUGUUCGAGCCAGGCCGGAGCCCAAGUCACUGGAAGUGCUCCUGAAAACCAGCGAGCGGCGGGAUCCAGGCUUGCCAAAGCCACGCAAGCACCUGCUGUUGGCGAUUCCCAGACCCUCUCGACUGGAGCGAUUGCUGCCUCACGUGGCGCACAUGGGCGUGGGGCAUCUCAUCCUCACGGGCGCCAACAAGGUGGACGCCAAGUACUUCAGGAGCCAUGUGAUGGAGGGCUCGUACUUGCGAAGAUGCUUGGGAUUGGGCUUGGCAGGUGCAAAGGACACCACUAUGCCCCAAGUCACCAUCCAGCCCAGCCUCCAGGAGCUUCUGCGAGGUCUCGAGCAGAUCCUCCCUGGUGAUGUCACCCGAUUGGUGGCCCAUCCCGUAGAGGAAGAGGAGGGGCCCGCGCUGCGACCCUCCUCCUCAGAGGUUUUGAUGGCCAUCGGCCCCGAGGCUGGCUGGGAAGAGUCGGAACUCAACGCGCUGCAGAGCUCCGGCUUCCGCACGGUCUCCCUGGGGCCGCGGACCCUUCGCACGGACGUGGCCGCCGUGGCGGCGUUGGCCUUGUCAGAUCAACUUGUGGCGCCGCUGAGAGGAGAGCGCCAGUGACGCCGAGAUCAGCGUACAGAAG